AUGGGAAGCUAUGCGCAAAUCCAAUGUUGUUUCAAGAAUCCCAUGUUUGUGGGUUCUUCAUUCUUGAACAAAUACUACAGCUUUCAGACAAAGCCUUGCAGCAGAGAGACUACUCUCAAUCCCAGGAAGCAUUUCCAGCUCAAUUAUUGGGGUGGAACUGAAAAUGGAAAGAGAAGAGGCAAAGUUUGUGAGGGGUUUUUGUUUCCAACUGAUUCAUGGCUACCAAACAUUGAUUCUUCAGUCAUAGCUACUCGGCUCUCUGCGCUCUCUCUGUUGCCUUACCUGGGUUUUUUGUAUUUCAUCACCAAAUCAAAGUCUGCCCCAAGACUCACUCUUUUUGGAUUCUACUUCUUGCUUGCCUUUGUUGGUGCAGCUACAAAGGUUCACUAUGUAACAUCAUUGUCCAAUGUCGACUGGCUGCAUGGUGGAGCUGAGGGAUUGCUUAUGCUUACCAACCUAUUCAUCGUGUUGGGCCUCAGGGCGGCUCUUAGGCAAGCUAAGGAUGAAAACGGCACUCUUUGA